GAUAGAUAAAUUAUCAAGUUUAAUGUUGUUUUUAAUUAAGUAUAUAAAAAAGAUAUAGUACUUCUUGCGCUAUUUCAGUUAUAUACAAUAAUCAAAUUAUUCUUCAUUUACUAGUAACAUAAUUAAUUCCAAGUAAUGUAAAAAUAUUCAGAUAUGUGAAAAAGUAAACAUAAAACUGGCAACAUAAGCCAUAAGAAAUUUGACAAUUGACAGUUCUGCAGGUCUCUAUUUACCAUUUACUGUGAUCUAAUGAUGACAGAUGUGAGAAGCCCAUUGAAAAUGGCUGACCGAGAUCGAUAAAAGUUGCACCUUGUUUUUAGUACAUUUUCAAGAAUAUUUCUACAGAAGAAUCUAUAAAAUUACGAAUAUUUUCAGUGUGUGUAGUUUAUUAGUAUCCUAAAAUGAAUGUGCCCUUUUUGCUUGAUUAUUUGUUAGUGAAAAAGUGAAAAGAAAUGUAGUAAUUGUUUCAAAGUGAUUAUCAUAAAGUAUAGAGAACUGGUUAUAAACGCUACAGUAAUGCUGGUGGCGGGUCCAGGAAUGAUUCCAUUAGCUUAACCAAUCUUCUAUCAGGUUUACUGCUUAGCAGAGAUUCAUAAAUGGCGACUACUCAAGGAGAAAUCAGGGUGGGUCCUGGUAACCAGGCUGUCCUUCCUGAAUACCGUCCAAGUGUUCCGCCAGAUCAGUUGUCACCAGAUCCAGAACAGGUUCGGGUCCGCGAAGAACAAAGAUGGGUUCCCGCUAUGACACUAGAUGCCGAUUUGUUAAUGUACCUUCGCGCUGCAAGGUCUAUGGCUGCUUUUGCUGGUAUGUGUGAUGGUGGGUGUCCUGAGGAUGGAGCCAAUGCAGCAUCGAGAGAUGACACUACGAUCAAUGCUUUAGAUGUGUUACACGAUUCUGGAUAUGAUCCAGGUAAAGCAUUGCAAGCUUUAGUAAAAUGUCCUGUACCGAAAGGGAUCGAUAAAAAGUGGAGUGAAGAGGAAACUAAAAGAUUCGUCAAAGGUCUUCGACAGUUCGGCAAAAAUUUCUUCAGGAUAAGGAAAGAUCUACUGCCUCAUCGAGAUACGCAUGAACUGGUUGAAUUUUAUUAUUUGUGGAAGAAAACGCCCGGUGCAAAUAACAAUAGACCCCACAGGAGACGGAGACCGCCAGGAUCACUGAGGAGAAUUAGGAAUACACGAAAUAGUAGAGGAGGUAAUACUUCAUCUAAUUCAGGGCGUAACGUUCCACCUGAAACUGAAAAUAGCAGACCAUCUCCACAACCCGGCAAAGAACCUGGAGAAACCAGUUCCGUUACUGAGGAUGAUAAUGAUAGUGAAGACGAUAGUGACAGUAGAGAAGCGCAGUAUCGAUGUUCACAUUGUUUUACAACACAUUCUAAAGACUGGCAACCUGGAGGCAAAGACCGACAACUAUUAUGUUACGAGUGCAGAGCUCACUACAAAAAGACAAACGAAUUACCACCUGUCACAGCUCCAGCAGCUGGCGGAAAUAAUCUAUCGGCAGAAAGUCCAGAUGCAAGUCCUCAACGUAUGCGCACACGAAACAAAGCCAAAGAACAAACCAGCAAUCGUGCAAGACCGAAAAGAGGCGGGACAGAAACACCGGAACCUAAAACGCCAAUAAAGACUAACCCAAACGCCGAAAAAACCACACCAAACCAAACGAGUACUCCAGGCAAAAAAAAGAAGUCAGAUAAACCAGAAACCCCAAAUAAAAACAAAGAUAGUAGAAAAAGACCCCAAGAUGUAAAAUCAGAAGAUAAUGAUAUGGAAGAACGUGAACUUGGGUUACACAAAAAGAAAAGAGAUAGAGCAGAAAGUCCAUGUAGUCUUACCACCGAUUCUGAAACUGUCAAUGAAGAUGUUGAAAAUCCAGAAAAUGAAAAUGAAAAUGUCGAAGUUGCUGUUCCAUGUAACCUAAUACAUCCUGCAAAUACAAAUCUGCCUGCUACUAUUACAACUACACCUUCCACCAUAACGUCUUCAUUACCUCAAGAACAACUUUGUAAAGGACCAAUAAAACAAGAGAUCAGUGAAUCACCCGACAUCAAACCUCUUGCACUGUCACCUUCCAACAAUCCAAUUAAUGCAGUAGCUAGUAAUCCACCAAAGGCUCACUUGGCAGAACCUAUGCCACUCAACGUAUCUAUACGUCUUCCUGAUGAUAUAAACGAGAGGAAGAAUCUUAUAAAAAGAAAUUUAGACUCUUCAAUGGAAUCUAAAGAUAUUAAAUUUAAUAUAGAAGGUACUAGUUUCAACCAGGACACCGUAAGAUUCAAUCCGGAAAAUAUGAAAUUCGCUCAACAAACAGAAUUCAAGAAGGAACCGGUUAUUAAAACAGAGAAAAUUGAAAGUGAAAGUACUGAUGAACUUCCCAAAGAACAUAUUCCUCAGCAAGUUUCUGUGUUACAAGAAAAGAGCUUCAAAACUGAAUUAAUUAUUCCCAGGAUUCAUCCUGCCAAAGAAGAAGAUUCUUCAAAUAACGAUCUUAUGGUAAAAGAAGAAUCAUCUUACAAAGACAAUAUUUUUAUGCCACAGAAUCUUAUCAAAGAAUCAAUAACUUUCGGUAUGAAAGAUUCAUCUUUAAUGAAUCACUUAGCACCUAAAAUAAUGAAAGAACCAUCACAAGAUAAACAUAAAGACCAAAUUGUCGAUAUGAACUCAGUGAAUCAUUUCACGGAUAUUAAACAAGAAACUUAUAGUUACCAACCUCCUAAAGAUUCCAAUGCUACUACUGCCGUGACUAUUAAUAGUAUUAAUAAUACUGUUAUAAAAUUGGAACCUAGGGAACCACGUGAGGAGCCGAUGGAAUUAACUAGUCAAAACAGGAGCGAACAACAACCAUCCUAUAAUACGCUUCCCCAACCCCUUAACAUCCCGCAAGUUAUACCAAUGUCUCAAAAUAUUCCACCUAGUAACCAUUAUGAAGAAGAAAAACGAUUAGAAAAGUUAGAACGACCAGAAAGAGUGGAUAGACCCGACAGAAUAGAACGACCAGAGAGACCUGAUGUAGUACAGAUAAAUUCUACACCAAUAGGACAACCCCCAUUACCAAGUCUUAUGCAAUCUGGUAAUCUAGUUACAAUAGGGGGUUCCCAAGCACCACAAAUAAACCACUACAGCUUCAUGACUGGUCUGCCAUUUUCUCAUCCUCAAAGUCCUAGAAACUUGGAAAAAAAUCAGUCUCAACACCAACAAAAUGAACCUCAAAAUUUGAAAAUCAAACAAGAAAUACCAGAUGUACCCCAAAGUCAAAGCUCCUCAAUGCCUCCUAAUCAUUUGAAUGGUUUAAGCAGUUUUACGCAGAGUGCAUUAGGCUCGGGACCUCCAGGACAACCUCCUCAAAGUUUAGCAUUACCUUCCAAUUCUCAGAAUCUAGCAACAAAUUUACCAACUUCUGGAGGUUUUGUGGCACCUCCAAAUCAUUUGCCUUCACCUAUGGCAGAUCCUCUUCAAAGUCUUAAAGACGUAAAGAUUCCUGGCUACAUUCCUCCUGCACAACACAGUCAAUCCACCCAGUCAGCUAGUACCGAAAGAAGUGAACGUCCUUCUUCUGGUCCAGCGGUUGAGAAUAUUAAAAAGGAACCCGAAUACAUCAGAUCUUCUAGUACCGGACCCAGUCCGAAACCCUUAUCAGAUAAAUGUUCGACUCCCAAAAGUAGUAGCAAUACUAACACUCCUACACCUGGAGCUCAACAGACACCUCCACCAAUUAGACAACAUGGUACCAAUUCACCACACUCAGCAAUGAACUUGAUUAGUCCGAGCUCGGCUCCUACCUCUUCUUUAUCUCAACCUCACCCCACCCAACCUCACGGUUCAUCAUAUGGUGGAAUGCCUCCUCACCAUCCACAUCUAGUCCAUCCUUCAUUCCUCCAAAUGCCAUUCCAUGGACCACAUCCAUAUUCCGGAUAUCCUUUCUCUUACCCUUAUCCAUAUCCUGUAGUACCUCAACCACAUGCUGUUCCUCCUCCUACUAGUCGACACGAUAUUUCAGUUGCUCCUAAAUCUAUUGAUACUGUCAGCGCCACCUUGAUGUCUUCACAACAUAGCACUAGUAGUACCUUAACUUCAAAGAGAGAAACAAGAGAAUCCGACGAAAAUGGUGGAGAAAGACAUCAAACUCAUGAAAUGACGUUAACAAACCACCAAAGUACUUCACAUAAUAGUUCUGUACAUGCAACUGUAGAUAAGCACAAUUAUGGUAGUAGUCAUAGUAUUACAAUUUCGCAUAGUACUUCUACGAGUUCGAGUCAAAGUGUCCAGCAUAAAGUCAAUCAAAAAACGGUUAGAAGUAGUUCACCACAUCCGCCAGUAUCGCAGACAUCAUCGAGUUCAAGUAUCAACCACACAUCAUCGAGCUCAACCAGUAGUCAUCAGCAUACCCAUCAUCACACACAUACUCACCACGAUCGUUUAUCACCAAGUACUCAACUUUUACGUCACAGUAUCCAUAAACCUCCCACCCCUCAAACUGCAAACGCCCAUCAUUUAAUGAUACAACCACCAAAUAUGGGUCACCAUCCAUCCUCUCUGGAAGCUUUGAGAGCUCAUGCUGCCCAAGCGGCUGCCAAUAUGCAUCCGCCGUCUUCCCCAAUGAAUCCUCCAAAAAUUAUGUCUGACGAGGUCAUUAAAGUAGAACCGGAUCCAGAACCUUCUCCACCCGAGGACGAACCACAAAACAGUCCGAUUGAACCUCCUAGAGGGCCAUCACCUGAGCCUAGGAUCGAAGAUACAGAAUGUCAUAGAAGUCAAAGUGCAAUAUUUCUGCGUCAUUGGAACCGUGGAGACUAUAACUCUUGUACGAGAACAGAUCUCACAUUUAAACCUGUACCUAAUUCGACGCUUGCUCGAAAGCGAGAAGAAAGACUUCGUAAGCAAGCAGAUAGAGAACGCGAGGAAAGGGAGAGGGCACAACAAGCUCAACAGAGGAAAAAUGCAACGCCAGAAAAACCAGACAUUAAGCCACCAUCUAGGGGGCCUUUGGAAACUGUCAGUUCUCCUUACGAAAGGUUCCCAAGACCUGGUUUCAAUGAUACACCUGCUUUGAGACAGUUGUCUGAAUAUGCAAGGCCACAUGCUGGUUUUAGUCCCGGACACAUGCCUAGGUCACUUAUACCCCCUUCUCAUGUCAUGGAUCCAAUGUUGCAGUACCAGUUGAGUAGUAUGUAUGGACCCGGAGCAAGAGAGAGAUUGGAAUUGGAGCACUUAGAAAGGGAAAAACGAGAAAGGGAAAUAAGGGAACUUAGAGAAAGAGAAUUAAAUGACAGGAUAAAAGAGGAGAUAAUGAAAGGAGGUAUGCGAGGACCUGCGAAUCCAAUGGAUCCACAUUGGCUGGAAAUUCAAAGAAGAUAUGCAGCUGCAGGCUUGUCUGGACCUGUAGGUCCAGGAGGUCUUCCUCUUCACCAUUUCGCCUUAUACCCUGGUGGGGGUAGCGCCCCUUUAUCGCAAAUGGAAAGGGAACGCCUGGAAAGGCUUGGAAUACCCCCACCACCAGCACCAGGUGCCCCAGGAGGUCCUCCUCCUGGACAUCCACAUCAUCCAGCUCACCAGGCUCAGCUAGAGGCUGCUGAAAGAUUGGCUCUCGCAACUGAUCCUAUGAAGGUGCGUCUACAGAUGGCGGGUAUAUCACCAGAAUAUCAUGCCCACACUCAUGCACAUACGCAUGCGCAUACACACCUACAUUUGCAUCCUCAACAGCAGCAAGCUCAGCAAGAGGCAGCGGCAGCAGCUGCGGGUUUUCCACUACCAGCAUCUGCGGCUCCAGGUUACCCUCGCCCCGGGUUGAUUCCGAGCAGGGAGGGACCAUUGGGAUUACAUCAUCCUGACUUGUUGGGCAGACCUUAUGCAGAUCAACUGGCACAUCAAGCAGCAGCUCAUGAACAGUUACAAAGGCAGAUGUUACUUGAACGCGAUAGAUUCCCUCCGCAUCCUUCCAUAGUUGCUCAGCACGAAGAGUACCUUAGGCAACAAAGGGAACGUGAACUCAAAGUGAGAGCAUUAGAGGAAGCUGCUAGGGGCUCUAGGCAAUAAGGACAGGAGAAUUCCCUACUUGGGGGAGCGGGUCGCACAACCACCAAUCAAAUUUUAUAGAAGAAUAAAUAUCAUGUAAAUUAAAUACAAAUCUAAAAUAUUCUUAUAGAUUUUAAUUAAUUAGAUUAAAAAUAGUAAAAAUAUAUACAAAAUAUUUUUUAAGAUCAAAAUCACAUUCAGAAGUAAUUUUAAUUUUUUAAAGUAUAUUUUGCAUAUAAUAUAAAUUUUUAUAUUCAAAUUAUUCAUAAUUGUACGCAAAAAAAUAUCGCACCCCUAUUUUAAUAAGCUCAGAAAUGUUAAUUUUACAGGAAAACCAAAACAAAAACGAUUGUAAAUGAAAUAUUUUCUACAUCAGUUAAUUCAGUAAUUAGGCGUAUCAAAUUCGGUGCACAUACAGUUUGAAAAUAUCUUUACUGAUUAAUUAUGUAAAAUGUAAAUAUGGCACUACUGUUGACUGUUUUUGACUAUUUAUAUUUUAGUUUAAUGUAAGUAAAUAACAAGGAAAUAUCAAGCCAAAAAAUGUUUGAACUAAAACUUGCCCACAAAAGUUGUGCUCGCACUUAAGUAGACCUCCGUUUAAUGUCAGAAAGAUCAACAUCAAAAAACGAAAUAAUAUUGAGCCACAUGGAACGAGGAUUUUAAAUUUAAAUUAAUUCCUCAAAUCCAACAUACCCUGAUAAAUAUGGAAGAUAUGACUUUGAAAUAAUACUGGUUUUAAAUAAGGACAAUUACUCUUUCUUUUUGUUUGCGUCAAUCUUUGGCUUAGUUCUGUAGGCCAGGAUCAGAACCAAAUGAGAGUCUUUUUUUUUUCUAAUAACCACCUUUUGGAAAUAUUCACUCUCAUAGGAGAUUUUCACUUGAGAAGGUACUGAUCUGCGUCUGAAAAUUCUUAAUAUUAUAAAAAUCAGUUUGGGUUAUGGCACUACAGCUUUGAUGUUUGUAACAUAUCUUGAUGAAAUGAGAUGACAUCAUGGCAUACGGCCCUGUUCAUGAUACAUACAGUCGCGAAUAACUCAUUGUAAUAAUGACACUUAGUGCCUCACGCGGAAUCUGUUAAUACUAAUGAUUUGGCACAAUUAAAUCCUGUAAAAAUAAUCUUAAAGUAUACAUUGAACGGUAAGUCAACUUUUUGGUAUGGCGCUAUUGAAAUAGGAGUGCGAUAUGUCAUUCAAUAACUUUUACACUUUUUAAAUUCCUUGAAUGCUCAUUUUAUUUGCUUAAUCUUGAAUCGAUGAUAAAUUUUCAUUGAAGGUAAUUACUUUUUUUAUAUUUCCACAACUUUUAAAACUUCUUUUAUCCUUCAAAUGAAAACAACUUUUUUUAUAUUCCCACUUUGGUUUAAAACUGAUUUGAAUUAUUUACUUAUAGUGGAGCGCCGUAAGGCAUAAAAAUGAUAAAAUCUCCAAACCCAGGGCCAGUCAAUGAAACUGUAUAAUAAGUAUUUGACUGCAUUAUUAAAGCCUCAAAUAAAAAAGUUGAUCGAUUACAACAAUUUACUCAAAAAUUAGAGGUGGAAGAGGAAAAAAUGUUUAUAUGUAAUAAAUUAUGCUUGCAGAUUAACUUCAAUGUCAAUUUAUUAGAUUUUUGUAAAAAUAAUUAUUUACAAAAAAUAUUAGUCAUUAACGAUCUCUUUGAUUUAGAUUGUAGGUGAAGGAUUUUUACAGCUGUCACCAUUGCAUUCUAAGCAAGCUGCAGUGCAGUUCAAUCCACAUUUUCCGCAUCCACAAGAUGCUCCAAAUCCUGUUUUACAUGUGCAGAAAAUAAUUUUUAGUAAAGAUUAUGGAGCUGGAAGCUGCGACAUUGUUUGCGGUAUCAAUAUUCCGCAUUCAUAUCUCCAACCCCAUUCUUCUGGCGAUAUUUCGCUCCAGAGCCUUGUUUGAAUUUGCAAAAAUACUCUUAAAGUGUUAAAAAGCGGCAUCAACAGUAGGUGGUUUAACGCAGGUAUUUUUAGCAUUUGCUUUCAAAAAAGAUUUACAUUUUAAUACAUUAAUAUAGUUUAUUUUUUGAGGGCAUCUUAUAAAGCAAUAGUGCAUGUAACCUAACCUAACCUAACCUUAAACAUUUCAUGGAUAUUUUUGCAUUCAUUUUUAAAAACUAUUGCAACAUUUUAAAAGUCUUUCAAAAUUUUUUGCAAACACGUUGUUGCUACGCUCGAGCAGAGCCUACAUCGUGUCACAACCAGCGAUGAACAGAUUAUUCUCUUUAUACUUUAGUAAUAUUUUUCCAAACUCUUAAAAGAGUACGUUUUUUGCUGUAUUUUGUCUUUGGACGGUUUUCGAAAAUAAAUUUCUCAAUCUGUUGGUGAGAGAGUUGAAACAUCUACAUCUUCGGACACUACAGCAAUGUUUUCAUUUUGCAGAUUAACAGUAGUUUCCAUUAUUAGUCUGUCAGCAUAAGCUUCUGCGUGACAAGAAAAUAUUUUUAUAUAGCUUUUAAUGUUGAUAUUCCUCUACCAACUUUUAUAAUAUAUCCUAGUUCAGAACUACAUCCGUUUUUAUCGCAAAUGAAGCAAUCAUCACUAUUUGAUGGAUCACCCAUUUUGAUUCGAGGCUGUAACAACAAAUAUCACUGAUAUUAAUAACUAACCUCAAAAUAAUAAUUAAUGAAUUAUAUUAUUUUAUUAAAUUUUACUAUUACAUUGUAACUUUCAACAUUUCGAUUUAUUGUAAACAGUGUGUUCAAUUUAACCCGUUAGGAAACUGUACAACCGAAUAAAAAAAAUUCUAAAAUAAUUUAAAAUUACGAGAUGAACGUAAUUUUAUGCUCGGCAGUGUACAUAUCUAUAUGAGUGAAUAUUUGUUGUUCAAAUUAACAUAACAGCUACGUAUUAAGCCUAGCAAGUUGCUACGUGUACUAUUCCGUUAGGGCCCGCGUUAACAACACCCCAACAUUCAUCGAUAUACCUGCAGUUCCUUGAGUUCCAAGAUCAAGUGUUUGUAAUAGUUCUUCUUUUAAAAAUAUAACUUUAAACUAAUAUAAAUAAAAAAAAAUUAAAAAUAAUCAAAAAAUUGAGAUCCUAUAAAAAUUUUUAUAACAUUUUUUUAUAUACUAAGAAAAACACGUUUCCAAAGUUUAUAUAAAGAUUCAUUAACUGGUCCUGGAUUCCGAGGUGUAAACCUUACGGCCCCUCAAUGAUAAGUGACAUAUAUGUAAAUUUUAAAAUUGAUUUUAACACAUUUUAAAUUGUACAGUCUUCCUUAUAUAUUAAAAAUAUUUUUGUAUAUAGUUAUUAUUUACUGUUUUUAAAGUUGUACAUAUAUUUCUUUUUUAGAUAUUUUUUACUCAAAUAACAACAUUGCAUUCUUUCUAAGAAUAAAAAAAUUGUUUGAUCAGAAAACACUUAUCCUUUUUAUUAAUUUCAUUAAAAAUAAGAAUGAUAAAAUGAGAGUUAUUCAGGAUCUUCAGGCUAUAAAUCAAAUUUAUAUCUCUAACUCUGACACUAUAUUAAUCUAAUAAUACACUGCUCAACAAUAGUUUUGUUUUAAUUACAUUUUUUCUCAGAAAUUAGGAUACAUCGAAGUAAAUUGAGAGGGGAAAUCUCGAAAACUUAUAUUUCAACACCUUUUAUAUGCGUUUCUUUCAUAAUUUUUUUAUAUGAUAAUUACUAUUUAAAGACCAUAUGCCAGCCCUCUCAUCCCGAUACUUUUCCUCUUUAAAAUCCUGGUAGAAGCGCUUAUCUUGUUCCGCACUGGGAUUUCAUAAAUCAUCUGGAAAUUUAUUUCGAUUAUUGUGGAGAUAAUGAGACUUGAUACUCAUAUUUGCUCCUAGAAAAACCUUGUCGCCAUAUUUUCCACAAUUUUUUCAUAAUUUGGUGCUUUAUCAUUACAACUCAGUUGGUAUUCUUUUAAAACCAUGUCUUUGCUUUGCAUACAAGUACAUUAGCUCUUCAUUUUCAAUAAAAAUUGGUAAUAACUCACUUUCUUUCGAAAGCAUGUUUGUUACCGUUGGGGCUAAUAAAUUUCUUUCUUUAAAUCUUGAGGCUAAUAAUCAUCAUAGUUAUUCAUUUUCACUGGUAAACUGUACCGAUUUCUGUGAAUUUAGCAAAAUCAUUGUUUCUGGACUAUGAGUAAAAGUAACAACCAUCAAAAUGAGUCUUAGGCUCCUUCCGGAUCAUAGGGAUACCAGUCUAAUUCAAGACAUUUUCUUUGAUUCUGAAACCCUUAAAGACUCAACAGAAAACUUACAAGUUUUAUGUGGAAUCCAUUGAUUAUCUAUUUUUUAUAUUUUAAAACCGAAAUAUUCAACCUAAGUCUCCUUCACCAAGCGAUUUUUUGCUUUAAAAUAAUUUCAUGACAACUUCACAUGUAAGUACUUAAUAUUGUCAAAUAAGUGAAAUCUCAACUGUUUUGGUGAAUCACGUGAUAUUUCUAUAUGCGCAAAUUUGCCUAAUAAUGACUAGAAAAAUCAAAUUUAUUGCUAUUAAGCCGAAAAUUUUCAUAAAUAUAUUGAAAUAUGAUCACUUGAAAACAUAAAAAGUUGCAAAGAUAUCCAGUACAACUAUUGUUUUAUUGAAUUCAUAGAAAUUUAAAAUUAAAAUACAUCUCAAUUAAAUAUAAAAAUAUUUUAGUUUACUAGUAAAUAGUCCAAAACAAAUAAAAAAGUAUCCAACGAAUUAGAUCAUAAAGAAGUGUUUAUAGUUGAUUUUUAAGUACGAAGUUUAUUAUUUUCUCAAAAUUCUUGGAAAGAAGCAAUGCAAUCUAUUUUAAAAUAUGUAAAGGUCUAUUCUUAGAUAAUGGGUAUUACCAUGAACGACCAAAAUCCAUGGAAAUUGCUAAUAAUGAAAAAACAGACUUUAUCUGUUUCUUAAUCAACCAAUUCAUUUUACGAAACUUAGGAAUAUUUAUGUAAAAUUUAUAAUCUAACAGUGUAAAUUUCAAAAUCGAUCUACAUUAAAACAAGAGCUAAUUAAAAAGAUAAUUUAUUACAAUACAUGUCAAUAAUCUUAAACCAUAUAUUACCGAAACUUUUUUUUAUUUUAUCUAUAUCUUUUAAAGUUGGUAGAUUUAACGUUUAAAAAUCUAAUUUUUUUUCAGCUAUCUAUACAUAACAUUUUGAAAAGGCAGUAGUAAAAAGCAAUAUUGUAGAUAAGUGAAAAAUAUCUGAACCUUGGAACAAAAAGGGCAAAUGUCCAUUUUUCUCGAAUGGCAGGAAACCCAAUUCAAGUUUAACGAAUUUUAAGAAUCUUUCAAGUAUUUCUGUUCUAUUAUUUUUCAAAGUUGUACCUUUCAAUUCAGUAAUAUUUUUCUCCCUAGUUUUUGCACAUUUUUGCCAUAUUUUUAUGGACAUUGGCCCCUUGAUAAUUUAAAACUGAUUCGUAAUCAAUGGAAAUUGGCCAUUUAAAUAUAAUAUAUUUGAAGAAAAACAAUAGGUUUGAUGAAAAUAUUGCUUUAUUCACAAAAAUAAUUAAUAUUAACGACAAACAAUGAUAUAAAAAUGAAAAAAUGAAAUGAAAACCAAACUGGAAUUAUAUAUUUAACUUUCGAAAAUUCAUUUUUAAAAAUCUUAUUAAGAUAAAAAAACACAUUUUACAAUUUUAUAUGCGAAUGAACUUAAUUAAUUUCACGAUUGAAUUAACUAACAUUCAUUGAAAUGAACAAUAACGGAGGUAUUUUUCAGAUCCUGUUCCGUGGCUCCUCUUCUUUCUUCACAUUGAUAUUCUUCUUUUCCUCAAUUUCCUGAUUUCUUAAAAGUCUUCAGCGAUCUGAAGUUCCUGUCCCUCGAAGAAAACGUAGAUAUUCGCGCUUCUGUA